AUGACAUCUUAUCUCGGUCCAGAAAGUCCACGCCCGUAUUCGGUUGCAGCCGAAUUUUAUUUUAAUUCACUUCAACAUUUACCAUCAAUUUAUUCAACAACAAAAGAUAUUCAACAAUAUCGACCAACAACAUCCACUUCUCAUUUUGGUUCAACGUACGAAAAUGAAUUUUGUUUCUAUAUAGCUAAACAUGCUGAGUUGAAUUGUAACGACAAUAUCUGCUGUAUUACGGAUGAAUGUGCUUGGCCGGAAAUAAUACAAGAACGUCUUUUUAUUAUUAAAAAGAUCACUCAUAUCAACAGCAAUGUAUUACAAAAUGAGGAAACUAUUGAGUUACUUACAUCAAACACAUUUGAUCGUAUUAUUCUCAUCCAUUGUUUGCACUCGUUAAAUGAUUUAACGACUCAUUUUCCCGCUAUACGUCAGUCAUUGAAACCAAAUGGACGAUUGUUAAUUAUACACCGAGAUUUAGCAAUUAAUACAUUACCAUUACCAAAUGAAGUAUUAACAACAUGGUUAAAUAAUACAAAUUUUCACGCAACAAAACUCAUCGAAGAUUUACAACGAAAUAAAGGUAUGAGUUUAUUAUGGGAAAUUGAAACCAUACGAUUUUUAUCGCAUAAAAUUAAAUGGUUUACGUUGUUAUAUAACAGAAGUUUUUAUCCAUUGAAUAUGAGUACUAUGAAACAGAUCACAGAUGGUUUACGUCAAUUGAACGAGAGUUAUUUCAAAUAUCAAAAUGGACCAUUAGAAUUAUAUGAUCGUUUAUUAUUUUUAUCGUUACAAGUCGAAUCGGUUAAAACGCCGCCGAUUACUCAACUUCUUCCAUCUAUCAAGAAAAAACUACCAAAAAUAACAGUUGCUGCAGCAAUACUUGAACCACAUGAAACAUGGGACUACAAAUUAUUAGUAACAGAUGAAGUGACAGAAUUACUUAAUAUACGAAAACAAAAGUGGAUUAAACCACGAAAUUUAUUUGAAUCGUCAAUUAGUUUUUCUUAA